ACUGCUGCCUCCUCCACUCCUCCUCACCCCCUCACCCCCGUGUACAGUGCGCGAGGUUGAGUUCAGCCCCUUCGGCUGGAGGCUCGGGUUUAUCUGGAAGCAAAAGAGAAAGUCAUUCAGGAGCUUUGCGCCGUCAGGUGAAGGAUUGAGGCUCCGUGGCGAACGCUUGGGGGGGAGUGAGAGGAGAGAGAUACCGGGACCUUUUCCACAGAAAUUCGGGGUUUGUGAGGAGUGCGUGAGUGUGCAGGAAGGAGCCAUGACGGUGUUCUCUGCUCUUUGGGUGCUCUUACUGUGCCAGCUUUUGACAUCAUCCUCAGCGCAGAGGCCGGGACCCAGAGGAGCUCCUGGGCCACCAGGGCCGCCAGGACCACUGGGGAAGGAUGGCACUGAUGGCAAAGAUGGACCUGCUGGUCUUCCAGGGAAAGCAGGUUCCAAAGGGAAAGCAGGAAUACCAGGAUCUCCAGGGAAACCAGGUCUGCCAGGACUUCCAGGGGUGGAUGGUUUGACGGGUCCUGAUGGUCCUGCUGGGACGGACGGGCCUGCAGGAGAAGCAGGUGAAGCUGGACCUCCUGGACCUGCUGGACCUCCUGGCAGAGGGAGAUCAGGAGCUCCUGGACUCCCUGGAACCAAUGGGUUUCCAGGUGGCGUUGGACCCCAGGGUCCAGUGGGUGGUGAAGGUGCUUCAGGACUUCCUGGACCUCCUGGUCCUGAUGGACCCCCAGGUUUUCCUGGUACUCUUCAUGACCUCAACGGUGACCUUCUGUGUCCUGCAAUCUGUCCCCCCGGCCCCCCUGGUCCUCCUGGGAUGCCAGGAUUCAAGGGUCACACGGGACACAAAGGAGACAAAGGAGAGCUUGGAAAAGAUGGAGAGAAGGGUGACGGUGGUCCACCUGGUCCACCAGGUAUUGCCGGCACUGUGGGUCUGCAGGGCCCACGUGGUCUGAGAGGUUUGCAGGGUCCUAUGGGAGCUGUAGGAGACAGAGGUCUGACUGGUUUCAGAGGCAAGCCUGGUGUUGCCGGCAUCAUCGGAAAGACAGGUGAUGGCGGUGAAAAGGGACCAUAUGGAUUUAAAGGACCCAAAGGAGAAAUUGGUAAAAUUGGUCCCAAAGGAGGUCCAGGAGGAUCAGGACCCAAAGGGGAGCCUGGAAUGCCUGGCAGAGAUGGCAAAGAUGGUACACCAGGAUUAGAUGGCGAGAAGGGUGAUGCCGGACGCCAUGGUACAGUUGGAGAGAAAGGACCAAACGGUCUUCCUGGUCUACAAGGAAAAGCUGGUGUCAAUGGGUCUAAAGGAGAAACUGGUGAUGCAGGCGCAUCUGGGGAGACGGGACCCUCUGGAGAGCCAGGUAUUCCUGGUGAUAUUGGCGUCCCAGGAGAGCGGGGGAUAGCCGGACCCAGAGGAGUGGCUGGAGGCAUCGGACCAGCAGGAAACGCUGGGCCUCAGGGAGGGAAAGGAUAUCAGGGAGGAAAAGGAGCUUUAGGGGAUCCAGGUCUCCCAGGUCCAACAGGAAUCCGUGGAGAGUUUGGUGAAAGGGGUCCAGUUGGAGCUUCAGGAGCUAAAGGAGAUAUGGGUGUGGCAGGAAGUGACGGUUUACCAGGAGAGAAUGGAGAACCUGGUCACUUUGGACCAGUUGGACAAAAAGGAGAGUCAGGAAAACAUGGAGAACUGGGACCAAAGGGCGUGACAGGUCCACAGGGAGAGCUUGGAGCAAGAGGGCCUCCAGGGAAACAAGGGCCAAUGGGCUUCCAGGGGGAACAGGGAAUACCAGGAUUUGCGGGAAGGACAGGUGUACCUGGUAAACUGGCGAGUGAGCAGCACAUCAGAGAGCUGUGUGGCUCCUUGAUCGAUGGUGAGAUCGCACAGUUGGCUGCUAACCUCCGAAGACCCCUGGCUCCCGGUAUGGUCGGCCGCCCGGGCCCCUCUGGGUCUCCAGGACAACCGGGAGUUGUUGGCUCUAUUGGGCAUCCAGGUUCCCGUGGACCACCAGGGUACAGAGGCCUGCCAGGAGAACUUGGAGACUCUGGUCCCAGAGGUGAUGUUGGUGAACCAGGUGACAAGGGAUCCCUCGGCAAAGCCAUCGACGGGCCAUCUGGAGACCAGGGACAACAAGGUCUUCCAGGAGUACCUGGAAUAGUCAAAGAUGGUCGCGAUGGAUCUGCAGGAGAUCCAGGUGAGCCUGGCGAGGCGGGCAGGGUGGGUAGGACCGGGCACCGGGGACCUCCUGGAAUCUGUGACACAUCAGCCUGUCACGGACCAACAGUCGUCGGAAAAACCUCCAACCCCAAAAACCAUUAGAACACGAUGACUUCCUGCAACCUGACGCCAUCCAACGCAGGGAGGAAGAGUACAAAAAAAAAGAAAGCAAAAAAAGCGAGGCAAGGAAGCAAUGAAAGAAGAGCGUGAUCACAAACAAAAACAUCCUCCUCCUUUAUUUGAAUACAUGUAUCACAA